AUGACGGUCGCACACGAACUGGCCCACAGAGGCUCAUCAUCACACUCUGCCAACAAUAUGGCUCUCGAAGACCGAUUCGAGGUCCUCAAGGAAAUCGGUGAUGGUAGCUUUGGCAGUGUCGUUCUCGCCCGAGUCCGUAGCGCAGGUGCUAGCGUGGCUCGUCGCGGUACGGUGGUUGCCAUCAAGACCAUGAAGAAGACUUUCGAGUCAUUCACGCCAUGCUUGGAGCUUCGUGAGGUCGUCUUCUUGAAGACAUUGCCCAACCACGCCCACCUCGUCCCCGCCCUGGACAUCUUCCUCGACCCUUACACUAAGAAGCUGCACAUCGCCAUGGAGUACAUGGAGGGUAACCUGUAUCAAUUGAUGAAGGCUCGGGAUCACAAAUGCCUCGACAACGCCAGUGUCAAGAGCAUUCUUUUCCAGAUCAUGCAGGGCCUCGAGCACAUCCACGCACAUCACUUCUUCCACCGCGACAUCAAGCCCGAGAACAUUCUUGUCUCCACCUCAUCCCACCAAGACACCGUCACAUCCUUCCGCAGAUAUUCGGCUCUCGUCACCCCCCCGUCUACGCCUCCCAAUUACACCGUCAAGAUUGCGGACUUUGGACUUGCACGCGAAACCCACUCAAAGCUUCCCUACACGACCUACGUUUCAACGAGAUGGUACCGAGCACCCGAGGUUCUCCUGCGUGCUGGCGAAUACUCCGCUCCCGUCGAUAUCUGGGCUGUCGGCGCCAUGGCAGUUGAAAUUGCAACACUCAAGCCACUCUUCCCCGGCGGAAACGAGGUCGACCAAGUUUGGAGGGUAUGUGAGAUCAUGGGAAGCCCCGGAAACUGGUACAACAAGUCUGGUGCCCGUGUCGGUGGCGGCGAAUGGAAGGAUGGUACCAGGUUGGCCGGCAAGCUGGGCUUCUCAUUCCCCAAGAUGGCUCCUCAUGCCAUGGAUACGAUUUUGCAGCAACCUCAGUGGCCCGCUUCGCUGAGCCACUUCGUUACGUGGUGCCUGAUGUGGGACCCCAAGACCCGCCCGACCUCAACACAGGCAAUUGCUCACGAGUAUUUCGUCGAUGCCGUUGAUCCCCUGAGGCCGAAGUCCUCUGCAUCGAGAAUCUUGGGCCGCAAGCAGUCCGAUCUUGGCCGCGGCAACAAUUCUAACUCAUCUACCCCGACCUCCACUAAACCGUCCUGGUUCAGGAAGUCCCUUAUUGGCCGCUCCGAAAGCGCCGAAGUUGCCGUUCCUCAAUCAAUCUCCAAGGAAUCAACCCCGAGACCGUCCCCCGUUCCCUCGCAGACGACGAACGAAGUCCCCGUUGCAAAGACGCGCCCUGCUCAGUCAAAGCGCACGACAUGGACGAAUGGUCCAUCCAAUGCGAGAAACGGUGUGACCUACAACGAUUCGUACGCCAACGGUCGCCAGCGCACUGUUCAGAUUGACGAGAAGAAGAAGAUUGGCAGACAAUUGUCGGUCGCCUCAAGCACUAACAACUAUGCCGAGAUUCACCGCCAACAGGCCGAGCGAGCUCUCAACGGCAACAGUGGCCUUGCAUCACCGCCCGGUGGCCACAAGGAAAGCUUCUUCUCGCACCUCCGCAAGCGUGCCCGUCGUUUCUCUGGCAGGCAUCAGGCCCCCAUGUCACCUAACUCGGACGAUGUCGAGGCACAGGCCGGCUGCGGACCCUGGAACAGCAACCGGUCCUCAAUGGUGAUUGAUAACAACGCGCCUACUCCCCCGCCGAAGCCUACGGAACUCUACGAGCCUCUCGAUAAGGCGUUAAGAGAUGUCCAGCAGAACCACGACAAUGCUCCUGUCCCACCGGCACACCUCAUUACUCCCAGCAGCACUUUGAAGAGACAUCACUCUCUGCCGCAGCACCACCCGCGAUCUGUUGACAACCUGAUGGGAGCUGCCAAGGGAACCGGACCAAUUUCGAGCCGAACCCGUCGCGCCCACGCCCACGGUGUCCAGCACUACGACGCGCCCGAUGAAGAGGAUGAGCUACUCGAUGAGGUUUUGAACUCGACCCACCGAGCCAUGAAGCGCCUCGAGAAGGAUGGAAAGCCUGGACUGCGGCAGUCUGCCAGCAACAUUGGCAUUUCGAACCCGUACCCGACUCCGUCCCCUUCGGCCAAUGGCAACAACUCUGUGUUGUUCGGCGACAACCACGAAGCCGUCGCACCCAAGCCUUUGGAUCUGAAGAAGUCGCAUGGCGCUGAAAGUCAAUACAAGUGGCCCACUCCCCCGUACGAGGAGAGUGAAUGGGCUGCAUCAGCGUCAGCCAGCAUUUGGGCGGCUAGCAAUCGGUUUUAA